AUGUCUCAGGAGAUCUUGAUUGCUUAUAUUCAUAAUUUUCUGCGGCUAGGACUACGUCGGUCACAGGAGCAUCUUAGACCCUUGCUCUGGAAAAUAUUACUGGGACAACUUCCAGCGGACACUCGGAUCUGGCCGAAGGCAUCAGUAGAUGAUCGGGCAGCGUAUAAGAAUCUGCUCGCAGACGUGAUUACACAGCCGGUUGACGAGGAUGGCUCUGCGAAGUCUGAUCAUCCGCUGAGCAGCAAUGAUGAUAGCAAAUGGCAGCAAUACCUCAAUGACAACAAACUUAUAAAUACGAUCCACAAAGACAUACGGCGGAUUUCGUCAGACUUUGCCUUUGUGCGAGAGUGGUCAAGGACACCUCCACCCAUACCGAUCCCGUUACAUACGAGGUUAGAGACUCACAGUGAGAACGAGUUAUCGCCGUCUCAUUUCAUGUACAGCCCCGCUUCCACACGGGACGACUCUGAUAAGCAGCCAGUAGCCACGGGGGAGGCAGACGCCCUUUCAACUGCUGUUACACCUACAAAACGCGGAAGAGGAGAGAGAAAUGUAGUAGACACUGACACGGAGGCUGUUCGAGCUGCCAACGAAGAGGGCAAUGGGCAAGUCAUGAAUAGAGAACGGCGAGAAAAGCACUGGGAAGUAGUGGAAAGGAUUCUGUUUGUAUAUGCAAAGACCAACGUGGGUGUCGGGUAUGUGCAGGGGUUGACAGAUCUGGUGCUACCUCUCUAUGCCACCAUGUCACUUGCGACGGAUGAGCAGGAUCAUGUGACUCUGCCUUCGAGUGAGUCAUCUGAUAUUGCCACGACGAAGACUGGUAACACACCGCAGAGUUCGCCUCUAGCUAAGGCCAAACACACCGAUGAUGAGGCAACUCCCACUGCCACGCCAACGAAGAUGGCAGCAGCAGUCUGCCCACACGCAGAGUGCGAUACGUUCUACACCUUCACCAUGCUCAUGGGUGGACAACGCAACAACUUUAUACAUGCGCUGGAUGAUACGGAGCUGGGUAUUACUGGCCUUAUAGAACGUGUAUCUGUCCUGCUCAAGGCUAAAGACCCAGAGCUGUCCAUGUCGCUCGAAGACAAGGGCCUGCUGCCACAGUACUACCUUUUCCAGUGGUUGUCGUUGCUGUUUACGCGGCAGUUCCCCAUUACGGGUGUUGUCAUGGUAUGGGAUCGAUUGCUGGCCAUGGACGAUCCCUCUGACCUCUCUGUGUACAUGUGUAUUGCCAUGGUCAUGAAUCUGCGCAAUGUACUGAUUUCCUCAGAAUUCAGUGACGCCGUCACCCUGUUGCAAAACUUCCACACAAACAAUCCCAAGCGGCUCAUCAAGUUCGCUUUCAGCAUGUAUCUGGCCGACGAUCAUGGUCGCAAUGUAAGGCGAGUAUCAGGUGAUCUUCUUGAGCGUGCUUUAAGCUCCAGGGGCUCUUCGGCGGAAAACAACGGCAACAGCCUAGAGAGGUCAGAGUCCAACAGCAGCAUGUCUUCCAGUGGUCGUCAGUCACCUCUGUUCGGUUCUCUGUCGUUUGUCGGUGGAUCUACCUCCAGCACAGGUUCGUCCACCACAUCACUGAAGAACGCAACCAGCUCGGCGAAUACAAGUGUGGCCGGUAUGAUGCAGGGCUUGAGCUGGGGGUUCACAGCCAAACUCACAGCCGCAAGCACAAAGCUGACUGAAGUGGCGGGCAGCGCAGGCCAGCGGCUGCAGAGUCUUGCCACGUCCGCAACGGAAAGCUACAGCGGGGGUAGCUACCCAGGGAGUGAUUCUGUACAAAAGAAUAGCCGGGGAGCCAGGCUGCAGAGAGAUGCUCGCGCAAAUGCCUAUAGCCGACGGACUCAACCUGCCAAAGGCGGGAGUAGGGAGGGGGCGAAGGACGUACAUGACAUUCAAAGCAGCCAAACCAAGUCUAAGAGGAGCUCUACUUCGCAUUCGAAGUCCAACAGGCAAAGCGGCACGGGUGGCGAUAGCCAUACAUGGGGCAGUCGGAGGAGUACUUCAAAGAUAAAUCACGAGAUCUCAAUGUCGGAGAUGAACGAGGUGUCUCGCGGAUCUGGCGGGAACUCCCAGAAAAGUAGUGGUAUGGUGUUGGGUAUGGGCUCGAUGGACGCGCAGGGUGACGAGCUGGUGGACGGCCUGUACGGUGACUGGCGGCGUCGUCAUACUUCCGAAAACUUUGAACUUGCGCCAAAUACAGAGGGGCGCGGCUAUGUGAAUGAUACUCAUAAGUACCACAAAGAUAGUGGGUUUAGUGCAGAAACUAACGAUGGUGUUAAAUUGAGUUUUAGUGACGAUGAUUACGUCGAUUUCCCGCCUGACUUGCCCACUGCCAGUUUGAUCGAGGAGAACGUUUUAUUUUCAUUUGGGAAUGAGGACGACGAGCUGAGCGGGGAAGAGAGCGAUGUACUAGUUUAAGUGUAGUGCAUAGCGAUUGUAUCAUAUGCCGUAAAAGAGAUAUAGAAAAAUUAAAACACUGAACUCCUG